AGAAGGAGUACUCUUUGCUGCCUUUUUGCGGUAUUGCAUUCAGCGACGCACGCCUCACGGUGUCUCCCGUUUUCUCUCUGCGUUUCGUGGUAGGAAUUUAAGGAAAGAAAGAAAAAUAGAAAGGCUGCUCUGCGCUAAUUGUGCGUUGCAAUUACUAACCUAACAUCUUUAACAAAAGGAAAAAUACCUGCCUCGCGAUUCGGAAAAGUCAAAGUAUCAGCAAGCAUCGUCAUUAUCACCAUGUCCAAGACUCUCUUCACUCUCUACGAGGCCCCCACCGGGUACGCCAUCUUCAAGGUGCGCACCACCGAGGAGAUCGGCGCCGGCGACGUCGCGCUGCAGAAGGAGCUGCAGAACUUCAGCACCUUCUCGCCGUGGGUGAAGCUCGUGUCCUUUGCGCCCUUUGAGUCGCCUGAAAACGCGCUAGAGGACGCCGUGUGCAUCUCCGAGAACGUCAUCUCGACCUUCCUGAACAACUUCCUCACCGCCGCUUUUGCGAAGAAGCUCGGCAAGGAGGAGGCGAAUUGGGAGUUGGGUGUGCAGGACCCGAAGCUCGGCAGCGCCAUCCACGAUGAGCUGAACAUCCCCGUCGUGUGCAACGAGAGCGUGGGGGAGAUCUCCCGCUGCAUCCGCCUGCACGCCGAGAAGCUGCUGCCGGAGCACAGCGAGGGCGACAUCCCACGUGCGCAGUGCGGUCUGGGCCACGCCUUCUCGCGCAACAAGGUGAAGUUCAACGUGCACCGCAGCGACAACAUGAUCAUCCAGGCCUCGGCCCUGAUGGAGCACAUGGACAAGGGCGUGAACUUGCUCGGCAUGCGUGUGAAGGAGUGGUACGGGUGGCACUUCCCCGAGCUGGCGAAGGAGGUGCCGGAGCCGCUCAAGUACGCGAACGUGGUGCUGCUGCUCGGCAACCGCAGCUCGCUGGAGGGCGCUGAUGAAGACGAGAUCAAAUCGAAGCUGAGCGACAUCCUCGAGGGUGACGAGGCCGUCGCCGCGCGUGUGUACGAGAAGGCGGUCACGUCGAUGGGCGGGGACAUGGCGGAGGUGGACUGGGACUGCAUCCGCACCUUCGCGACGCGCGUCGCCUCGCUCGGCCAGUACCGUGUGUCGCUGGCGCAGUACCUGGUGGACAAGAUGAUGCUCGUGGCGCCAAACCUGACUCAGCUGAUGGGGCAGACGAUCGGCGCGAAGCUGAUAUCCAAGGCGGGCUCGCUGACGAACCUCGCCAAGGCCCCCGCUAGCACGAUCCAGAUCCUCGGCGCGGAGAAGGCGCUCUUCCGGGCCCUCAAGAAGAAGAAGGGCAACACACCCAAGUACGGCCUCAUCUUUCACUCGACCUUCAUUCAGCGGGCCGCGAAGGAGCACCGCGGCAAGAUCUCGCGCUACCUCGCCAACAAGGCUGCGCUGGCCUGCCGCAUCGACUGCUUCAUGGACGCGCCGCCGACCGUCUUUGGCGAGAAGCUGCGUGAGCAGGUCGAGGCCCGGCUGAACUUCUUCGACACGGGCAACAAGCCCCCGAGCAACAAGGCAGCGAUGGCCGAGGCGCUGGAGCAAUACCAGCGCAUUCUGAAGAAGCGCGAUCGCAAGCGUGGUGCGGAGGACGACGCGGAGGAAGCCGCGGAGGUCGUCGAGGCCCCGAAGGCGAAGAAGAGCCGCAAGGAGGUGGUCGCCUCCGAUUCGGACUAA